CACGCGCCCACCUUCGUCGAGUAAAUUGCUCUUGAUUGUCCAUGAUUGAAAUCUAGCUUCCAGAGGUUAAUCGUACUCUGGCAACUUUGCGUAAGGCAGAGUUUGGUUUUCUGCUUAUCCAACUAGGCGGCCUUUCCUAAUUUCUCUCCACCUGACUCCUCGGCCCUAUGACUCUGCAUCUCUUUCCGUCUCUCUGUUCAUGAAACUUCGUAAGAAACUCUACUUCUUGAAAGCUGAAUCUCUUAAUUUUGAAAUAUUUGCUGUUGUCUCUGAAUUUUUAGCGUGAGGCCUGGAGAAGAAGGUACGAAUCAAGUUUGGUUGCAUUUGUGUUGUUAGUCAUUUCUGUUCUAUAUUGCUGUUUUCAUCAGAACCAGAAGAUUUAGCACGCCCGUUACUGUAAAAUUUCAAUCUUGAGUAGAAUUCUAAUCAGUUGUUGACGGGACAGUCUUCGAUAAAUUUUUGGGAAGUUUUUUCUAUUAAAGAUGGUAUUUUUAGAUGGAGAAAGUGAAACAAAGAUGAGGUCCAAAGAACAAUAUAUUUUUCUUAGUGCAGUGCUACCGCUGUUGAAACUCCUUUGUCUUACAAUUUUUGGGUUAAUUCUUGCCCAUCCCAAAACACAAUUUAUUCCAAAGGCUACAUUCAAACUUCUAAGUAAGCUUGUUUUUGCUUUGUUUUUGCCUUGUGCUAUAUUCAUUCAGCUGGGAGAAUCGAUUACUUUCAAGAAUUUCACGCUAUGGUGGUUUAUACCUGUAAAUGUGCUUAUUAGUACUGCCAUUGGUUGUGUUUUGGGGUUCUUGGUGGCAAUCAUUUGCAGGCCGCCUCCGGAAUUUUUUAGAUUCACCGUAAUUGUGACAGCAUUUGGGAACACGGGCAAUCUGCCACUUGCUAUUGUUGGAUCGGUAUGCCAUAGUUCCAGUAAUCCGUUUGGUCAAGAAUGCCAAAGGACAGGAGUGGCUUAUGUAUCUUUGGCCCAAUGGGUGUCAGCGCUUCUUGUUUGUACCCUUGUUUACCACAUGAUGGAGCCCCCAGUGGAUUAUUAUGAGGUUGUUGAGGAUGAGCAGGGCGAGAUUCAGGAACACGUGUCUACCAAUGAUCUUAGCAGGCCGCUUCUUGUGGAAGCUGAGUGGCCUGGAAUGGAAGAGAAUGAAACCGAGCACUGCAAAACACCAUUUAUUGCCAGGGUUUUUACAAGUGUUUCGAGCAUUUCAGAAAGUAAUCUUCCUAAUCCUGAUUCUCUGGAGGAGGGAGAACCCAGGAGUCCAGAAUCUAUUAGAUGUUUGGCAGAGCCAAGGAUGGUUAGGAGAAUAAGAAUUGUUGCUGAACAAACUCCAGUGCGCCAAAUUCUUCAGCCACCGAUGAUUGCUACAAUCUUGGCUUUUAUUAUUGGAAUGGUUCCACCCAUAAAAUCUGUUGUUUAUGGUGAUGAUGCCCCACUUAAUUUUAUGACAGAUAGUUUAGAAAUGAUGGCUGCACCACUGGUGCCUGCAGUGAUCUUGGGUAUUGGAGCUAUGCUUGCAGAGGGUACAGAUAACAAUGAAUCUAGGCUUGGGAUUCGAACAACUGUUGGCAUCAUUGUUGCAAGACUAUUAGUACUUCCGUUGAUUGGGAUUGGGGUAGUUUAUCUGGCUGGUAAAGCGAACUUUGUUAUCCAUGGGGAUCAAAUGUACAUAUUUGUGCUUCUAUUGCAGUACACAACACCAAGUGCCAUCUUAUUUGGAGCAGUUGCUAGCUUGAGGGGAUAUGCUGUUAGUGAAGCUUCGGCAGUACUCUUCUGGCAACACAUUGUUGCUCUGUUUUCAAUUUCGUUAUACAUCAUAUUGUACUUCAAACUAUUACUUUAUAAUGUUGAAGUAUAAUAUGAACCUUUCUGCUUUAUGCAUUGUGAGCCUUUGCGCAAAGCAGCUUUGAAUAUUUGAUAUGUUGUUGUGGCUGAAUUUGUUGCAAACUGUUGUGGUUCUUGUAUUGAUUACUCAUCUAAAAAGCUUCAUAUCGAGGAGCUGAAAGAAAUGUUUUACUAUAGAACCAAUUAGUGAAAACAUAUGUCUGACCAUUUGCUUUC